AUGGUUUCAGCUAAGUUAGUUUACGGGCUUCUUGCCUCAAGCGCUCUGGCGCAAGCCGCCCAGACGUACAAAGUCCCCAUCCAGUACGAAAGCGAGCUGGAGGUGUCUUACUACUUCCGCGAGGACAACGACCUGGUGUCGAUCACUUCCGACGCGGGCGGCUUGGUGGUGACCGUGGAUGCUGACAACGCGUGCGACGUUCUGCAGUCGGGCAUGGUGGUGUACCGUGUCGACGACGGCUCGGCCAGCACCCUGUUGACGUGGGACCGCUACCACGUGUUCCACCUCGAGAACUCCGCCGGCCAGGAGCUGACGUGGUCCUCCGUGAACGCGCAGUCGUGCGGCGCCGUCAGUAGCUCGUCGCUGUCGUCUACCGUGACCCUGUCGACCACCUACCAGUUGUCCUCUGGCGUUGCCUCGUCCACCGGCUCCGGCUCUGGCUCCAUCACUGCCACCGAUUCCGGCUCCACCACUGCCUCUGGCGCUUCCUCUGGCGCUUCCACCGCCUCUGGCUCCGCUUCUGGCUCUGCCUCUAUUUCCGGCUCCACUUCUGGCUCCACUUCUGGCUCUGCUUCUGGCUCUGCUUCUGGCACCGUUUCUUCCGGCUCUACUGUCUCCACCUCUGGAGCUCCAUCUGGCUCUGCCACCAAGUCUAUCCCUGGAUACACUUCUUCUGUGGUCACCGUCACCGAAAGCGGCGUCGUCACCUCCUACACCACUUACUGCCCUAUUUCCACGGUCCCCGCCUCCUCUACCGAAUGGCAAUCCUCCGUUAUCACUGCUACUGAGAACGGUGUUGUGACAACCUACACAACAUACUGCCCAAUCUCCUCCGAGACUGCUACCCAAGCGCCUGAGAAGACUAAGGUGGUUACAACCACUGAGAGUGGCCACGAGAGUGUUUACACAACUACCUACCCAGCCUCCCAAGAGAAGACUGUUGUGACCACCACUGAGAACGGCGUCGUCACCACCUACACCACCUACUGCCCACUCUCCUCUGAGACUGGCACCGCAGCUCCUCAAGAGACAAAGGUUGUCACCACCACCGAGAACGGACAACAGACUAUCUACACAACAACUUGCCCAGCAUCUCAGGAGACUGAAAUUGUUACCACCACCAAGAGUGGUCACGAGAGCGUCUACACCACUACUGGUCCAGCUCCCGCCACCGGCGCCACCUCCGCUGUCACCACUGUCGUUCAGCCCACUACCAUUGUCAAGACAAUCACCUCAUGCUCCGGCGGCGUCUGCUCCACCCAAUCAGCUACUGAAACCUCUCAAGUUACUUCUGUGGUUACUGUUUCUAAGAGUUACGCUGCGGCUUCUUCGACUGAAACCUCAGCUACCGGUGUUGAGUCUACCCCAGCUACCGGUGCUGAAUCCACUCCAGCUACCGGUGCUGAAUCCACUCCAGCUACCGGUGCUGAGUCUACCCCAGCUACCGGUGCUGAGUCUACCCCAGCUACCGCCGCCACUGGUACCGCUGCCGGGUCUUCUCCAGCUACCGGCGCUGCCACCACGGGUGUUGAGUCCUCCGCUUCUGCCCCUACUGGCGCUGCCGAGACCGGCUCUGGUACUGCUGCUCCUGCUGCUACCGGUACUGCCGCCUCUGGCUCUGGCUCGGGUGCUUCCGCCACUCCAACUGCCGUCUCUGUUAGCGAGUACGCUGGUUCAGCUGCUAAGUUGGGCUCCAGCGGUGUAUUCGUGGCAGUCGUGGCUAUGAUGGCUUCUUUAUUGUAA